GCCGGCUGGGGCUGGGGGCCGGGCGGCCGCGGGGCCGGGCGAGCCGGGACGCUGUGCCGGGAGCAGAGCCGCCCAGGCUGGAGAGUAAGGGAAGAGCACCAGCGGAGGGGCGCACGUAGCAGGAGCUCUUGCCCUCCCUGUCUUAGGAAGGCAGUCGGUGGGAAGUCCAGCCCGGUCCCCGAGAGCUGCAGGAAGGCGAUGUGGCUGCUGCUGGCCCUGCCGGGGGUCCUCCUGGUUGUGCCUGGGGCUCCAGCCCUGUCCCUUGAGGCCUCUGAGGAAGCGGAGCUGGAGCCCUGCCUGGCUCCCAGCCUGGAACAGCAAGAGCAGGAGCUGACUGUGGCCCUCGGGCAGCCUGUGCGGCUGUGCUGUGGGCGGGCUGAGCGUGGUGGCCACUGGUACAAGGAGGGCAGUCGCCUGGCACCUGCCGGCCGGGUACGGGGCUGGAGGGGCCGCCUGGAGAUUGCCAGCUUCCUACCUGAGGAUGCUGGCCACUACCUCUGCCUGGCACGAGGCUCCAUGAUUGUCCUGCACAACCUCACCUUGGUUGUAGAUGACUCCUUGACCUCCAGCAAUGAUAAUGAGGACCCCAAAACCCAAAAUGGGCACACUUACCCCCAGCAAGCACCCUACUGGACACACCCCCAGCGCAUGGAGAAGAAACUACACGCGGUGCCUGCCGGGAACACCGUCAAGUUCCGCUGCCCAGCUGCAGGUAACCCCUCGCCCACCAUCCGCUGGCUCAAAGACGGACAGGCCUUUCAUGGAGAGAAUCGCAUUGGAGGCAUCCGGGUGAGUCUCUGGGUUUCAGGACCGUCUGCUCCCCGUUCUUCGUCCCCUCACCCGUCCCUUCACACCUAUACGUUGAGCCCACCUGCAACAGUCUGCGAGGAGGCAGGGCUGUCCGAAGGCCCCUCCCUUGGGCUGGGGCGAGGCUGGGGGCAGGUGAGCAGGGAGCCUCUGUGGGUGCCACCGCUGAGCGCUGACAGCCUGGCCUGGCCCCCAGAGCGGUCCCCGCACCGGCCCAUCCUGCAAGCAGGGCUCCCGGCCAACACCACGGCCGUGGCGGGCAGCGACGUGGAGCUGCUGUGCAAGGUGUACAGCGACGCGCAGCCCCACAUCCAGUGGCUGAAGCACGUCGUCAUCAACGGCAGCAGCCUGGGCGCCGACGGCUUCCCCUACGUGCAGGUCCUGAAGACCGCAGACAUCAACAGCUCGGAGGUGGAGGUCCUGUACCUGCGGAACGUGUCCGCGGAGGACGCCGGCGAGUACACCUGCCUGGCGGGCAACUCCAUCGGCCUCUCCUACCAGUCGGCCUGGCUCACGGUGCUGCCAGAGGAGGACCUCACGUGGACGGCGGCGGCCGAGGCUCGGUACACGGACGUCAUCCUGUACGCGUCGGGCUCCCUGGCCUUCGUGGUGCUCCUGCUGCUGGCCGGGCUGUACCGAGGGCAGGCGCUCCACGGCCGGUACCCGCGCCAGCCCGCCGCCGUGCAGAAAUUGUCCCGCUUCCCUCUGGCCCGGCAGUUCUCCCUGGAGUCAGGCUCCUCCGGCAAGUCCAGCUCCUCCCUGGUGCGCGGCGUCCGUCUGUCCUCCAGCGGCCCCCCCCUGCUCGCCAGCCUCGUGAGUCUGGACCUGCCUCUCGACCCGCUGUGGGAGUUCCCCCGGGACAGGCUGGUGCUUGGGAAGCCCCUAGGCGAGGGCUGCUUCGGGCAGGUUGUGCGCGCGGAGGCCUUCGGCAUGGACCCCGCCCGGCCCGACCAGGCCAGCACCGUGGCCGUCAAGAUGCUCAAGGAUAACGCCUCGGACAAGGACUUGGCUGACCUCGUCUCUGAGAUGGAGGUGAUGAAGCUGAUCGGCCGGCACAAGAACAUCAUCAACCUGCUGGGUGUCUGCACCCAGGAAGGGCCCCUGUACGUGAUCGUGGAGUGCGCUGCCAAGGGCAACCUGCGGGAGUUCCUGCGCGCCCGGCGCCCCCCGGGCCCGGACCUCAGCCCCGAUGGCCCUCGGAGCAGCGAGGGGCCGCUCUCCUUCCCGGCCCUGGUCUCCUGCGCCUAUCAGGUGGCCCGAGGCAUGCAGUACCUGGAGUCUCGGAAGUGCAUCCACCGGGACCUGGCCGCCCGCAACGUGCUGGUGACCGAGGACAGCGUGAUGAAGAUCGCCGACUUCGGGCUGGCCCGAGGCGUCCACCACAUCGACUACUACAAGAAAACCAGCAAUGGCCGCCUGCCCGUCAAGUGGAUGGCCCCCGAGGCGCUGUUUGACCGCGUGUACACGCACCAGAGUGACGUGUGGUCUUUUGGGAUCCUGCUGUGGGAGAUCUUCACCCUCGGGGGCUCCCCGUACCCUGGCAUCCCGGUGGAGGAGCUGUUCUCACUGCUGCGGGAGGGACAUCGGAUGGACCGGCCCCCGCACUGCCCCCCGGAGCUGUACGGGCUGAUGCGUGAGUGCUGGCACGCCGCACCCUCCCAGAGACCCACGUUCAAGCAGCUGGUGGAGGCUCUGGACAAGGUCCUGCUGGCCGUCUCUGAGGAGUACCUCGACUUCCGUCUGACCUUUGGCCCCUGCUCCCCUUCUGGUGGGGACGCCAGCAGCACCUGCUCCUCCAGCGACUCUGUCUUCAGCCACGACCCCUUGCCGCUGGGGCCCAGCCCCUUCCCCUUCCCCGGGGCGCAGACGUGAGAAGGGCGCAGGGCUGUGUGGGCAGGUAGGCUGGUGGCCUUGAGCCUCCGGACUCGGCCACAACCUGGCACAGUGCUUGACCUGGGCAGCCCCGGGCCCCUGACCGCAGGGUGCUGCGCCAGACCUCCGGCUCUGCUUUGAGGAGGCCCACCCUUGGUCCUGGGUUCCUAGUUAGGGCUUCUCGGCCUGGCCUUGGGUUCCCAACUCGGAGCUCAACCCCGAUCUCAGGACCCUGCCCUUGGCGUUAUGGUGCCAUUGUCCUAAUGGCCUGAGUGUUGGGGCUGUGCUUGGCCUCCUGGGCCCUGGCACUUGUCCCCAUCUGGGGGGUCUGGCUGGGCCUGGCUGCAGAGCUGCUCUCCUAACCCUAAACCUCCAUGCUUCCCAACACCAGUUGCGAGGUUUGAGGCCUCUGAACCCCAUUCCCCAAGCCUCCCCAGCCCCGCUGCAGCUUGUCCCAGCACCUUGGUGGGAGGAGCAUUGUCCCCCUGUGUCCCAGAGAGGCUGGAAGUCUGCCAAAAACACAGGAGCAAAUGGCCUCUUAUAAAUUAUUUUUUUGAAAUAAA